AUGGAUGAUAGUGAAUGGGAUGAAGGGCCAAGUAACAGAUAUGAGGGAGAGGAAAAGGACGAGGAGGGAAUUGAAGGGGGUGAAGUGCAAAGAAAACCAAGUGAGGUAGAGGAAGCGCAAAGGAAAAGAAAAGAGGGAGAUGAUGGAGAGGAUCCGCAAAGAAAAAGAAGGGAGGGCAAGGAAGUGAAAAGUAAAAAAAGUGAGGAAAAGGAAGUGCAAAUAAAGGAAUGUGAGGAAGCGGAUGAUGAAGUUGUUUUGGUUUGUGAUGACAUUGGUGAGAGCACGGCGGGGACAACUGUUGAGUUUAAUCUCGGGGAUAUUGAUUUGGAUCAACCUACAGCUGUGCUAUCUGAGUUGAACGUUUGGUUGAAUGAUAAAGGUAAAGCUGUGGAACAAGGGGUCCAAUUACGAAAGAGAAAGAGGAUUAUUCCUAUGUGGAAGAUCAUUGAAGCUAGUGAAUUGGUGAAAAAAACUGUGCCAGAGACAACCCGACUUCGGAUGUUAGACCCAAUGAAGGCGAUUCCGCAUGAUGAUAUGGUGAAAUUGCUGAAACUUUGUUGGGAAUGGCGCCUUAACCCAAAUUUAGUGAUGCAAUUUGGCCACGUCGAAGCUGAGAUUGAAUUCUUCGCUUCCCUCGUAAAAGCUGACGGUUGGCUGACAGGAGAUCACAUUGAUUUGGGGUUGUAUCUCAUCCGGAAGCGACAACAAGAUUUGGAGGUUGUAGAAAUAUCGAACUGGACAACGACCGAUGUAUUUUUCAUGAAUCACAUCCAUACUUGCUUUGCGGAUAAUAAAAGAAAAAAAGAGCAGGCUGGGUGGAAAAUUAGAAACAGUUUAGUGAACGUUGUAAAUGGCAAGGUUCCGGCGUGUGGGGUGGAUUGGCAGAACGUGUAUAAGGUGUAUGCCCCUUGUAUGUUGACGAAGCAUAAGAAUUGGGUGGCUCUAAUGAUUGAUCUGGUUAAGUGUGAAAGCAAAGUGUACGAUUCAAUGGUUUCACUUAUUCCAGAUGAGAUGUUAAAGGAAGAACUCGCCCCGCUUUCAAUUACGAUUCCAAAUCUUCUCAACUCCAUCGACUUUUAUGAAGAAGGUGUUUACGCAAACGACUGCAGCAGAGAUUGGUGGUGUCCAUGGCCAAUAGAACGUGUGGAUGUUCCACAACAAUCUAAUCAAGGCGAUUGUGGCAUGUUUGUGUUGAAGUACAUUGAGCUUUUGAGCGCUGAGAUUCCGUUAGCUACUUGCACCGCGCAGAACAUGCCCUUUUUCCGGUUGAAGUUGGCUGCAGAGAUAUUACGGGGAGAUGCUUACAUGCCAUGAUAGUGGU